AUGGAGACUAUCAAGAACGCUGCCAACUACGUCUCGGAGUCCAUUCAGGGCGGUGGUGCUGAGGCCUCCAAGGAAGCGAACAAGAAUGUCGCUAAGGAUUCCGGGGCCAACGUGAGCACCCGAGCUAGUGCUGCAAAGGAUGCUAUUAUCGACAAGAAGGACGAGAAGGCCCACGACACCAAGGCUGAUGUUCACAAGGAAGCUGCCAAGCACUAA